UAAUCUUUCUCAGCAUUUGUUUUAUUUGCUAAUGAAAGUCAAAGUACACAAAGACAUGUAAAUAAAUUAUGCAUCUCUAAGAAAUCUAUCAAUAUUAACUAUGCAGGGGUCUUCUAUCUAUAUGAUUGUAGUCAAAUAAUAGAGCAAAACAAGCUAUUUCACCCAAGAAUGUUUUUUUUUUUGGUAAGGGAAGAAUGUUUUAAAAACAUCUAUUAGCUCUAGUACUGGAAAAAGUUAAUUGCUAUUAAUGGUAAGGUUAUCAAAAUUAUGUUUAAAAAAAGUACCAUCACCAUCAUCACUCACCAUAUAAUCAAAUAAUAAAAUAAACAAUGUUCUUGGCAAAGCAAGUCAUUGUCAAGCUCUUUGAUCUGUUUUGUUUUGUCCAUCUACUUCCACAUCUUACACCUCAAAACUAUUUUCUCUCAUAACAAAACUCAGCCACAUGAAAAACGUUACCCCUAUUCCUCUACUGUGAAAAAUCCUCUGAAAGGAAAAGAGAUAGAGAUGGAGAUUUUCACGAGUUCAUUAAUGAGAGAAAAGGUGAAAUCUGAUGCAGAUAUUUUGAGUGCCGUUUUGCCUUUAUUGAAGUUCUUAUCUCUAUCCAUCUUUGGCUUAGUUCUCUCUCAACCAAAGAUUCAACUCAUCCCAAAAGCAACUCUUAAACUUCUAAGUAAGCUUGUGUUUGCUCUCUUCUUACCAUGCUUGAUCUUCACAAAUCUUGGUCCUUCCAUUAAUCUCAAUCACAUAAUUCAAUGGUGGUUCAUUCCUGUAAACGUGAUUAUAAGCACAGUCACUGGCUGCAUACUAGGCUUACUUGUAGCACUCAUAUGUCGGCCUCCGGCGCAGUACUUUCGGUUCACCGUCAUCAUGACCGGGUUUGGUAACACGGGUAAUCUUCCUCUUGCUGUGAUUACAUCCGUAUGUCAUAGUAAAGAUAACAUUUUUGGUCCUCAUUGUCAUAGUUCUGGCGUGGCUUAUGUCGCAUUUUCUCAAUGGGUUGCUGUUUUUCUUGUAUACACUCUUGUUUAUCACAUGAUGGAACCUCCAUUAGAGUUCUAUGAAAUUGUGGAUGAAGAAGGAGGGUCUGAGAUUGAGGAAUUAAGUGAAGGUAUUGAGGAAAUAGCUGUUAAUGAUCUGAGUAGCACACUUCUUGUGGAGGCUGAAUGGCCAGGAAUGGAAGAUAGGGAGACAGAACACUGCAAAACUCCAUUGAUUGCCAGAGUUUUCAAUAACAACAAUAUCUCUGGGGAAGCGGAAGUAACUGUUCCGAAAUUUGAUACUGAGGGAAAGGUUUCAAUUCGGUGUUUGGCUGAGCCAAGCAUUGUCAGGAGAAUAAGAAUUGUUGUGGAAAGAACACCAAUUUCUCACAUACUUCAGCCCCCAACAAUUGCUUCCUUAUUGGCCAUUGUUAUUGGAAUGUUUCCAACAGCACAGGCUGUGAUUUACAACAAGGAUUCUCUAUUCUCUAUACUAACAGACAGUUUGGAUAUUCUGGCUGAGGCAAUGGUGCCAUCGGCUAUGCUUGUUCUUGGAGGAAUGCUUGCUGAGGGUCCAAACAGAUCUGAUCUGGGAAUGAGAACCACAAUUGGUAUUGUUGUUGCAAGGCUUUUUGUUCUUCCACUGCUCGGAAUUGGAAUAGUCUCUUGCGCCGAUCGAUUCAAUUUCUUGAUCCCCGGCGAUCAACUGUACAGGUUUGUUCUGUUGCUGCAAUACACAACACCAAGUGCCAUACUCUUGGGAGCCAUUGCUAGCCUGAGAGGCUAUGCAGUCAAAGAGGCUUCUGCAGUUUUGUUUUGGCAGCAUGUUGUUGCUGUCUUCUCUUUUUCACUGUACAUAAUUCUCUAUUUUAAGUUUUUUCUUUCUUCUUCCUAAGCUACAUAAAUACACCGAAAUUCUCUUGCUUGGCUCACUUUCAUCCCAUGAAUGAAUAAUGAUAAUAGAAAGCAUGCAAAAUUCACUUA